GGCGGGCUUUGCUUUGAAUGGAUAGCGGAAGUCGGUGUGGACGGUGAGCUUGCAUUUUGACAGCGUUGGACAGAACUGGUUCAGAGCCCUUUGAUUGUAGUAGAGGAAACGUGCUUGAUAACCAUCAUGGUGGAUUCUCAGUACUACCUCCCCAAUGAUAUUGGGAUCUCAGCUCUGGAUUGUGCGGAAGCCUUCCGACUGCUGUCUCCCAAGGAGAAGUUGUAUGCACAUUACCUCUCUCGGGCAGCUUGGUAUGGUGGUCUCGUGGUGCUGCUGCAGACCUCCCCGGAGUCUCCCACCAUCUAUGUGCUCUUGCAGAGAAUAUUCCGGAAGCAGCCCCCUGCAGAGCUGGAGGCCGUGGCAACUGCAGCAGGGCUGACCUCAGAGGAAUACCAGGCAUUUCUUGUAUAUGCUGCGGGGCUUUAUGCCAACAUGGGAAACUACAAGUCAUUUGGUGACACCAAGUUCAUCCCCAAUCUGCCAAAGGAAAAGUUCAAGGCACUGGUGUGGGAGAGUCAGGCCUAUAAGGAACGCCCUGAUGAGAUCGAGGUGCUGUGGAACAGCUGCUCCAAUCUCCUUUACUCCUUAGAAGACAAGCAGAAACAGCUUGGUCUUGGGGACAAGGGAAUCACCACAUACUUCUCAGGGAAUUGCUGUUUAGAAGAUGCUGAGUUGGCUCAGAAAUUUCUUGACUCCAAGAACCUGAGUGCCUACAACACCCGUCUGUUUAAGAAGGAGUGUGGUGGAAAGCGCUGCUAUGAGGUGCGCCUUGCUUCUGCAGUGAAGAAGGACUGUGCUGUAGAAGGUGAAGCAGAGAGUCGCUGUGGCACGUUUGAGUUUGAGAAUGCAUCAUUUACUGUUUGCAGAGGAGACUAUGCACUUCUUAUGGAAAAAGUGAGCCAUAACCUGGAGAAAGCUAAGGCUUACGCUUCAGAUGAGAACCAGACACGCAUGCUGGAGGAGUAUGUCCGCAGUUUCACCUACGGUUCUGUGGACGCUCAUAAAGAGGGCUCCCGUUACUGGAUCAAAGACAAGGGACCUAUUGUGGAGAGUUACAUUGGCUUCAUCGAGAGCUACAGAGAUCCGUUUGGGUCAAGAGGAGAGUUUGAAGGGUUUGUUGCUGUGGUGAAUAAGGCCAUGAGUGCUCGCUUUGCACGGCUGGUGAGCUCAGCUGAGGUCUUGCUGCCAGAGCUGCCCUGGCCAUCAGCUUUUGAGAAGGACCGCUUCCUCAAACCUGAUUUCACAUCGUUGGAUGUGCUCACCUUCGCCGGCAGUGGCAUCCCUGCAGGAAUCAACAUUCCAAACUAUGACGACAUCCGACAAACAGAGGGCUUUAAGAACGUGUCCCUUGGGAAUGUGCUGGCUGUGGCGUAUGCCACCCAGAAAGAAAAGCUGACUUUCCUUGAUGAAAAAGACAAGGAUCUCUAUAUCAAAUGGAAAGGCCCUUCUUUUGAGGUGCAGGUUGGACUUCAUGAGCUUCUGGGCCAUGGUAGUGGAAAACUCUUUGUCCAGGACGAUAAGGGAAACUUCAACUUUAAUCAGGCUGAGGUUCGUAAUCCAGAGACAGGAGAGUUGAUCUCCAGCUGGUACAAAGGCAGUGAGACGUGGGACAGCAAGUUCUCCACCAUUGCGUCCUCAUAUGAGGAGUGCAGGGCAGAGUGUGUGGGGCUCUACCUCUGUCUGAACAAGCAGGUGCUGGGGAUCUUUGGCCACGAAGGUGAAGAGGCAGAGGAAGUGGUGUAUGUAAACUGGUUAAACAUGGUCCGUGCUGGCUUGCUGGGCUUGGAGUUCUACACACCAGAGAGCAAGAGCUGGAGACAGGCUCACAUGCAGGCUCGUUUUGUGAUUCUGCGUGUGCUGCUGGAAGCAGGAGAAGGACUGGUGAGCCUAAGUGAGACCACAGGUGCAGAUGGCCGACCCGACGCUCUCAUCACGCUUGACCGCAGCAAAGUUCACACAGUGGGCAAGAAUGCCAUUCAGAAGUUCCUCUGCAGGCUGCAGGUGCACAAGUCAACGGCUGAUGUGGAAGGAGGCCGGGCCUUGUAUCAGGGGUAUUCUGCAGUGACUUCCGACGGUUCUCAUGACUUCCUGCGCCUCAGAGAGACUGUGCUGCUCCGCAAGGAGGCCCGCAAGAUGUUUGUCCAGGCCAACACUUGUGUCAAAGGUGAAGCAGUAGAAUUGGAGGAGUAUGAAUCUAGUGCUGCAGGGCUGAUCCAGUCCUUUACCGAGCGCUUCACUGACGAUGCUGAAGAAGUGGAAGCUCAUCUGCUGGAAAUGGCCUCCAAGGAUUCUACCUGCUGGUGCUGAGAGUAUAUUACACCUUCACCCUGAGAGCCAGAGACCACAUUGAGCCAGCAGGUAGACGCUGCCUCGCCGUAAUGCUGAAAUCUGAUUACGAAAGGGAGCACAGGCUGCCCUGGACGAGGCAGUAGGAAAUUUCCCAAGAAAAUUAGAGGAUCACUUGAAGGAACGCUUAAAUUCAGACACACAUGCACAAUGCUUAAGGCUUUACUCGUUCAAUCACUCACAAUUCAAACUUCAUGUUUUUUUUCCCUCAGCAAUCUGUUCGCUAGUGUCAAAGAACAAAUCUAUGUCAGUUUAUAAUUCCAAGUAUUCGAACACUUCUCGGUAUCUGAGAUGGGACCACGGCCUACGCUUCCCACACAGAUGGAGAUGUGUUAAAGCUUCAAAGAAACAGAAUGUGCACUGUGAGGGUGGAGUGGGAGAAGCACUUAUGUAAUCCAAACAUGUUACACUUUCUUGAGUUAUUUUAGAACCAAUACUUUCUGCAUAAUCCACUACUAGUAUUCAUUGUUGCUGCAACACAUAUAAUUAGCUGAUUGAUUGUGAAAUUAUAAAGGAAAUGAACGGUUUAAGUGAGAGGUUCUAGGUUCCGAAUGGUUCCCAAAGUUGUUUGUGAUUUACUGACGUUUGAUUCCCUUGAAGGGGUGUAGUGUUGAAGUGUACUGUGUGUGAUUACAGAUUCCAGGAGCAUUUCCUACCAAAUAAAAGUCAUUAAUUUUCCAAA